UUUUUGGCAUGAAUGUAUUCCAAAUGGAUCGUCAAGGUGCUUUUUCCAACAUGAUAUACUCUUUCAUUCUUUCUAUCGUCUCUGUAUUUUUUCAAUUGCUGGCCUGCCACUCCUAUCACACCCUCGGCUUUCUCCCAUCACUCCAACCGCACCAGAUACAACCACUAUGCACUAUGUACAGAUUUUCGAUCUUUUUCUUACCCGCGUCAACAGUAAUUGAGUGGCCAUGCUUGUCCUUGCAAUCCUUCUUGAAUGUAUACUUGCACUUGACCCAUUUACCAGGGUCGAGCUCAAGUUCGAGACAAUGGGCGCUGUUCCCUCCCUUGGGUUCAAAACAGAUGUCACCGUCACCAUCUCUAAGAAUGUGCAGCUCGCUGCCACCGCAUUGCCGCUUGUUCGGGUCUUUAUGUGCGUCCCAGAGGACGAGGGACCAAUCGCCGUCCGCGUGGAUAGCGGUGGAAUUGUCGGGUACGUCUCUGAUAUUGACAAUGUCAACAUCGUUGACUCCUGGGACUGCGGCAGAUAA